GGUAAUUUCAUUAUUUGUAUAAAAUGUUUCAAAAAUGGAAACUAUGGGGAGAACAAGUCUGCAGAUGAUUUCAAGCUCAGUAACUGCAUUGAAAGUGAUCGUCAUUGUGGAGUUGUCUGGACCGAGGCUGAAACUCUCCUUCUUCUAGAAUCUAUCUUGAAGCAUGGAGAUGACUGGGAGCUUGUUGCUCAAAAUAUUCCAACAAAGACCAAACUAGAUUGUAUUUCAAAGUUAAUUGAGCUGCCUUUUGGGGAGCUCAUGCUGAGUUCUGUUCAUGGAAGCGAUAAUUUUGCUGGAUCCAGUGGGACUGUUGAUGGCACGAAAAAUGUAACAUUACCUUCAUUUGAGCAUCAAGAAAGUAUCAAAGGAGGAGAUCCAGAUCAUGAGCAGAUCAAUGAUAAUGAGCUAAAUGGAGGUGCUGCAAGUGAAGAACCUUUACUAAAAAGAAGACAGGUUGCUUUACCUUCAGAUGCUGGUAGUUCACUGAUGAACCAGGUAAGAUGUCCUUGUCAAGAAUCUAACCAUGAAUAUUUGCUGUUUUCUCCAUGCAUUAUGAUUACGUUUAACUGCUUUAGCAGUUUUUUCCUCAAGUUGGGGGAAGUGUGUGCUCUAUGGUAAUUUUAAAAAAGAGGAUGUGCCUGGCCCUCAAUG